UUGACAUUGACUCCGUCAACUACAAACGUCAAAUAAUUAUCACAAAUUCUCAAAUUUAAACAUCCAAUAUUAUUAUUCAAAACGUUGCAAAAUGUAUGAGUGACAGUUGUUUUUUUCUAUCACGGAACGAAUGUAGACAACAUCACGACUUUUCUUUGAAAUUUACAACUAGUUUCAAAAAGGUUGAAGUUUACAUUGCCAUGAAUUGUUUAUUGAUAAAAAGUGACAGUACUUAGACAAUAAAUCCGGAAUUAUAUAAAACAAUCAUUUUGAUACCACUGAAACAAUAAGUGCUGAUAACUAUAUUUACGAAAACUUAGCUGUAACAGUCACACAAAUGAAGUGAGGUUAAGAUGGAUAAAUCCGAAAAUGUGUGCCCUUUACUCAAAAAUCCGGGUGUGUAUAACCCUGACACGAUAGAUUUAGUCAAUGAUACGAAAGAACGGAAAUACUGGUUACCCUGCCUCGCAAAUAUGGUAAAGAAAUUUGUUGGUAAAGCCAGUUUUUUAAAUCCAGAUUAUCCCGAAGCGGCUGAAAGUGCGGAAAUUUGCUUUCAAAAAUUUCAUGAACUUGUAGUUAAAGCUGUGGAGGAUCCCAGUAUUUUAGAGCCCUUAAGUAUUCGUACUUUACUGGAGUUUAAUGAGGACAAUUUACAAGCCAAUAAUUUUAAAGAUGCGUGGUAUACACAGAAAGUGUCAGAGAGCAGUGCCGCGCUGAAAGAAUUUAAAGAUCGAAUAGAUUUUAUUGAUUCCAUAGCAGACUUCGAAGCCAGAUGGUUAGAAAUUGUGACAGGUGUUUUAGCAGGAAAUGUAUUCGACUGGGGUUCUACUGUAGUUGCUGACAUAUUAGAGACAUCCACAAACUUUGGUUUUACACAAGCCAUGAGCACCAUCGAGAAAAGACCUUGGUUUAGAGACAAUUUGGACAAUUGGAUAGACAGAAUUAAGAAGGAAUCCUACAAAGAAGCAGUCAUUUUUGUUGAUAACGCCGGCGUAGAUUUCAUUCUUGGAAUUUUACCACUGGUUAGAGAAUUUUUAAAACAAAACACUAGAGUCAUUUUAACUGGAAACACGUCGCCAGCUUUAAAUGAUGUUACAUACGAUGAAUUAAAACUAUAUUCACAGGAAGCAGCCAAAAAUUGCCCGAUUAUUGAAAAGGCUAUUAAUACAGAUCAGCUUGUAAUGGUGGAAAAUGGUCAAAAAGGUCCCUGUUUAGAUUUGGCCAAUUUAUCACCUGUUUUAGAACUGUGCCAAGUGAUGACUUCUGCAGAUUUGGUUGUUCUAGAAGGCAUGGGACGAGCAGUGCACACAAAUCUAUAUGCUAAAUUCACUGUGGACAGUGUAAAAUUAGCAGUGUUAAAAAAUGAGUGGUUAGCAAAAAGUUUGGGAGGACAGCAGUUUUCUGUCAUUUUCAAUUAUGAAACAGCAACUUAGUUAGCUAAGAUGUUAUACUGUGAUCAAUCAUAGUAUUAAGGACUUUGCAAGAAAAUCAAUAAGUGUUUUUGUAAUAUGCAGAUGUCAUCCAAAAGUGGGUUGUUGAAAACAUAGGCAAUCAGAUCAGGUGUACAGAGUUAACUGCCACACAAGAAAUUUUUAGUUUAAUAACAGUUGUAAAAUCUUUCAGAAAAUUGUCAAUAAUCAGUUUGUAUUUUGUUUUAAAAUUUCAAACUUAUACUUAUUCCUUAAAACUGAUUACUGAUAGUUAACAAUUGUAAAUUAUUUCUCGGUAGAGUACCUAGAUAAAUUACUUAUCACAAAAACCUCUUGUGAUAAACAAUGAGUUCAAAUUAAAUUAUUAGAUAUUCUGUUUAAUAGAUUAUUUAAAUUAAAUGUUACUAUUCUUUA